AACAAUAAGAAGAAGAAAGAGAGCACCUAAUAAUUGUGCUGAGGGGAUGGAUAAUCCCAAUCGAAUUCAUUCCCCACCCCCUCUUCCUUCCUUCCUUCCUUUCAUCGGGGCAGCGGGAGUGCUAUGAUCUCUACCUCCUCCUCGUCUGCGGCUCGGAUGCCCGGCUCCGAGAACCGACCCAAGCCGCCUGCCGCUGCUGCGCCCCAGACCAAGUGGCGGAGCGGGACGCAGCACAACAUCUACGGCCGCCGCCUGCUCGACGCGCUCCGCGCCACGGGUGCCGGCCAGCCGCGGGCCAUCAAGGCGGCGGCCGACUCGGCCCUGGCGCUCACCGCGAGGGGCCAGACGCGCUGGAGCCGCGCCAUCCUGCUCGCCGGCGCGGUAUCCUGCCGCCGCCGCGUGCUCGUCAAGGCCGGCGGCAAGAUCCGACGCCACCGUCGUCCGCACGCCAAGGCGGUCGGUGAUCCGCCGGCGCUCAAGGAGACGAAGGUCAAGGACAGGCUGCGCGUGCUGGGCCGCCUCGUUCCGGGCUGCCGGAAGCUCCCCGCGCCGGCGCUGCUGGAGGAGGCGGCCGACUACGUGGCCGCGCUGGAGAUGCAGGUGAAGGCCAUGCGCGCGCUAGCAGACGCGCUGGCGGCGGCUCAGCUAUCCUCACCGCCACCUCCACCUUUGGGGGCCGGAGACGAGGCGGAGAUGGAGGAUCUCAUCUGAUCUACUGAGGAAUUGGGAUUGGGCGAAAAUAAGGGAGGGCGAUUAGUUGAGCUGAUGGAUUAUUAUUUAUUAUAACCACAUAAUUGCAGGGUUGCUUGGGAUUUGUGCAGGAGGUGUUGCGAUCAUGCUGUGAAUUGUGAUGACGACGAUGAUGAUUCUCUUUGUAAAUUCCAAUUCCUCUUGUUGUUACUUACUUGUAUAGUAGAGAGAGAGAGAGAGAGAGAGAGAGAGAGAGAGGAGUAAUGCUGCUGCUGCUCCUCUCUUCAUUCCUUGCUGUUUGCUGUGGGUCGGAUUUGUCUUGUGUUAUUGGGGGAUCUGAUUCUGCUCUACAUAUACAAGGCGUGAUUUGGGUUCCAUCA